CCGGAAUUUUUUUGCGACAGCUGGACGCUGAGCGGAAGGUUGAUUACAAUGAUAAAGCAUUUUCUCCAAAAUGUCCCGCUGGAUCGUAUCAUGACUGAUCAUUUGCCCCUCGAAUGACAGGUGUCGCCGAUCCACCUCGAUGACGGAACUCGUUCUUUGUUGGCCAAUGACCGUGACCUUCUCGAUGUUUCGCUCACUUGGGUCGCAGUGCACAGCGAGCUCAGGCGUUGAUGAGCUGGCCAGCUUCGAUCUGAUUCGGGGGACUGCAAUCGACAGGCGUGCUAAACACUCGGAGCUUGUUUCGCCAGCUGCGGAUGAUUCCCAAGCACUAUUUAGCAACCUACGGACUUCGUAUUCGUCGCCAGCUCCUUACUGCUGGACUGUGAGCCGCGUGCAUACCGAGUGACGAUCUACCCGGUUCUGCAUUUUCCUUGUCAAUAUCUCCGCUGCCAGAGCCUCACAUAACCUCAUGCUCCCCUGGUUUCCGGGUUCAAUAGUAGUACCCGUUACUAGCUCUUGACUAAGUUUAACAUCAUCUGAGGAACGUGCCUCACCGACUGAUUGUCGACACUCGCACCUCUUCAGCGAAAACACCCCACCACUG